AAAAAUAUUUUAUUUUAUUAAAUAUUCAAAGAAAACGCGCAAAUAAACAAAAGUUAUAUUGAUUUUGAAAUAGUGGGAUUCAUUUAGUUUUACACCCACUGUUACCAUUUUCAUAUAAAUACUUGUGACAUCUUUACUUUAUUUUUCCCACACAAAGCUUAAAAUUUCUCUGGUUCUUCAUAAAUGGAAGGCUACUGUGGAUUGAGAAACAAAGGAAAGGCAGCAAAGAAUGCAGAUCUUCAAGAAGAAGAAGAAGAAGAAGGGCUAUGGCGUGCUGUUCAGCACGCCAGAGAAACGCCAUCGCGGAAAGUGAAGACGAUAGCCCCAUCGUCUUCUUCUUCCGCGUGGCCUUUACCGAGAAGGGCGGUCCCGCAGGACCGCUCUACUCGUAAGAGAGGAGGAGUGGACGAGAAGUGCUUCUCGACCACGGUUCCUCUGAAAGUCCCAGAGUGGAGGUCCAGAAAGGGAUGCGGCGGCGAAGAAGGCGAAGAUGAAGGUGAAGACGAUGAUGGUGGGGUGGUCCCACCACAUGAAUACAUAGCAAGGAGGCUAGCAAGAAGAGCUCAUCAGGUUGCAUCUUUCUCCAUGUGUGAAGGGGUUGGUGGGACCCUCAAGGGCAGAGACCUCAACAAACUGAGGAAUGCCAUCCUAACCAAGACUGGUUUCUUGGAAGGGUCUGCAAGUUUCUUUUGGCGUAGCAUCGGGAAAACCAUUCCACUUCUUCGCACUGGUGUUGUAUGGCGGAUAGGCUGCUGCAAAAAUGUAUUGGUGGCGUCAAAGCUACGUGUGUACCUCUACUUCAACUUGUUGAAAUCUCUCACUGGCUUCCCUAAUCCACCAGUUGGACCUCGUUCAUGGAGCAAGCCACCUGCAGAGGGAUGGGUUAAGGUUAACGUCGAUGCCUCCAUGGGUUCUCGUGAUGAUCAAGUUGGAAUUGCUCUGUCACAAGAUGAUACUCCUCAUACAAGGGAACAACCUCAAACCUCUCCUUUAAUGGCAAUUUCGAACUCCAUUCAUCACUCCCUCCUCCUCCUUCUACUACUCAUCUUCCUCCCCAUCUCCCAAUCCCUAAGUCUCCUCCACCCACUUCCAGAGUUCAAGAAGUUUCAAGUUCAAGAAGAAAAUGAGCCGAGCGUGGGUGUGAACAUAGGCACAGAUGUUUCCAAUUUCAUCUCCCCCUCCGAUUUGGUGUCUUUCCUGCAACUGCAGAAGAUCAGACACGUAAGGCUUUACGACGCCGACCCUGAGAUUCUCAAGGCCCUCUCCCGGACCAAGAUUAGGGUUAUUGUCAGUGUCCCCAACAACCAGCUUCUCGCCAUAGGUUCCUCCAACUCCACGGCUUCUUCUUGGGUUGCCCGCAAUGUCGCCGCCUAUUACCCACAAACCCUAAUCACCGCCAUCGCCGUCGGAGAUGAGGUCCUCACCACCGUCCCCUCCUCCGCCCCUUUGCUGAUUCCUGCAAUUGAGUCCCUCUAUGCCGCCCUGGUUUCGUCCGGGCUGCAUACCCAGAUCAAGAUUUCCACCCCUAGUUCCGCUUCCAUUGUUUUAGACCCGUUCCCACCUUCGCAAGCGUUUUUCAAUGAAUCCCUGGCCUCUGUUAUCUCUCCAUUGCUGCAGUUCCUGUCUAGGACCCAGUCUCCCCUGAUGAUGAAUCUGUACCCUUAUUAUGUGUUUAUGCAGAACAAAGGGGUUGUCCUUCUGGAAGACUCCCUCUUCAAGCCCUUAAGCCCUUCCAAGGAAAUGGUGGAUCCCAACACUUUGCUUCACUAUACCAAUGUGUUUGAUGCUAUGAUUGAUUCUGUUUAUUACUCCAUGAGGAAUCUGAAUGUCACAGAUGUGGUGGUUCUUGUCACUGAGACUGGGUGGCCUUCGAAAGGGGACUCUAAGGAGCCCUUUGCCACUCUUGACAAUGCCGACACUUACAAUUCGAAUUUGAUCAAGCACGUUCUUGAUCGCAUUGGGACACCUCUCCAUCCGGAAGUCACUUCCGAUGUGUAUAUAUACGAGCUGUUCAAUGAGGAUUUGCGGGCCCCUCCGGUUUCCGAGGCUAAUUGGGGUUUGUUUCAUGGGAAUUCGUCGCCGGUUUACUUGCUUCACGUGUCUGGAAGUGGCGAAUUCUUGGCUAAUGAUACCACAAACCAAACAUAUUGCGUGGCAAUGGAUGGGAUUGAUAGAUGGACCUUGCAGGCUGCUUUGGAUUGGGCUUGUGGGCCUGGGAGGGCUAACUGCUCGGAGAUCCAGCCCGGGGAGAGCUGUUUUAAGCCGAAUAGGGUCAAGAACCACGCUUCGUACGCGUUUAAUAGCUAUUACCAGAAAGAGGGAAAGAAUGCUGGUUCUUGUGAUUUCAAGGGAGCAGCCACUAUUACCACCACUGAUCCAAGUUAUGGGAGUUGUGUGUUUCCUGGAAGUAAGAGCGAAAGCAAGAGCAGAACACAUGUGAAAGUGAACUCAAACGACACAAGUGGUGCAUGUACAAUAAAGUUCACCCAAACGAAUGCAUAUAACUUCAUGCUCGUUUUCUGGAGCGCCGUAUUCUGUUCUAUUUGUUAUUCGUUUCGCCCGUGACAAAAAAAAUCGAUAAAUGUUGCGUUUCGUACGUUUAUUCUUUUUGAAGAGGCCAUUCUUGAAAAUGUUGUACGUAAAGAAAUUCUUGGAAGCACCGAAGACGACGAAGACAAUAAGGAAGAAGAAAGGUUGAGAACAAAGUUGGGUGUUUUUGUUGUGCAAGGGAAGUUGAGAUUUGAAUAAAGUGCCAUCAUUUUGGAAGUGAGGCUGCUCCUUUAACUGUAUAUCUGUUGUAAAAAAAUUCAAAUUUAACUAAUUUAUGAUUUUUUUCUGUUAGUUCUUUUGAUUUUGCACGGAAUUUAGACAAAGAAAAUUGUGUUUGAAAU